AGUAAACACGAUGUGGGCCAAGGACCGUGACCUGUGUAUACACUUUCCGAUACCUUCAGAACAAGAGUUCCAACGGCUUUUAAGUGUAGAAUUCAAACUUAUCAUUUCAGACGUAGAAGAUUAACGCGACAAAGGACGACUGCUUUAGUGCUUUCUCUCUUAUUCGCGUUGCACGCGCGUACUGUGUCUCUCUCGAGCCACGGCGUUUUGAACGAAAUUCCCAGAUAAUUUUCGUCGCCUUCAUCGGCAUCACUGACGGACGCUGUGAUAACGGGGACAGCUGAUAAAUUGUUAUUGUUCGAGAACGUUCGCGUUUUAUUAAUAAUAAAAAAAAAAAAACUAGGUAAGAUAUUCCAAUUCUCGUCGUUACUUUUUAGUAUUGUUUUGCAAUAUUUUCCUUUCUAUCCUACAGAAAUAUUCAUGUCAAAAAUACAGAUGCGAUUUUAAAUAGUUCAUAAUUAUUUAUAUUCGACAAUUGUUUUGUAAACCACCAGUAAGACAACAUUCAAAUUUCGGCGUCCACUGCGCUGUCCACGGUUUCAAAUCUCUACUCGCAAGGUUUGAUAGACUCAAUACAUUCCAUUAAUUAUCCAUCGAUAGUAAAGAACUUUUAUUUUUGCUCCUGAUAUAAUUGUAUUUUAACUAUGUCCUACGACUUCUCGUUCUUUUCUACAACGUUGCUGAUCGACUUGCAUAGGUUGUGAACAAUUUGAUCGUUCUCAAUAUUAUGUACCAAACCGAGCGCCAACUAAUUCCGAUCAAGUUCAGACACAAAGAGGAACGGGUCCCAGAGUCCCUGUUCUGCCUGUGUCUGAAGUAUGUGGCACGGAACUUGGACACGCUGUGUACGGAGAUGCCUAAUGGUUAUACACUGCACGAUGGAUUAGCUCUUCCAAGUGAGAUAUGUGAACCAUUCAUCGAGACUUAUCAGAGCAAUGGUGGCGAGAUUUUCGACCAUUUUGCUCAUUUGUUCAAAGACGUUACUAAGACGAACCUAAGAUCAGUACACAUAAGUAACUCGAGUAUUACAGAUGAUGGCCUUGAAUACCUGUUGUGUCAUGACCUAUAUGAACUUACACUCACUAAUUGUCAGAAUCUCACGCACAAAACGUACAUGAACAUAUUCAAACAUGCCUCCAACCUUCGUUCAUUGACCAUUGGUCCAAAUGUACAAAUAACUCCUUAUAACAAGUUGUCAAACUCUUCACUAUCUCUGGAUGAUCUCCCUUCAAGAAUCUACAAAAAAGCACCCAACCUAAGACAUUUUGUAUUACGAGCAAUUGCAGAAUCACCAUUUUCUACUGACAACAUAUUUCUGGGUGUCAUGCUCGACAAGCUUGUACAGCUGAGAGUCUUAGACCUCUCAUAUUGCUUAGGUGUUGGCAGUCUGCGUUAUUUGUGUAAGCUCACCAACUUACAUACAUUGAUACUUUUCGAUGUGCCUCAUUUGCAAAACAAUGAUGCAAUACUCAACAUCUGCUCCCUACAAACAUUGGUUGUUUUAGAUAUAUCGCAAACUGAGACUUUCCCAGAGCAAGGUGUUUACAAAGAUGAAAACAAAAUUUUAGCACUAAUUGUUAAAUGUUUACCAAAUCUUAUGUCUUUAGACAUAUCUGGUACAAAUUUAGCUGGAAAAGGUACUGCAGAACAUUCUAUGUGCGAGUCAUUGAGUGGCAGGAAGUCAGACAUUCCUGGUUUAGAGUAUCGAGUAGACAAUCCUUUAGAAUUUUUAGGUUUAUAUCAUACUCAGCACAAUGCUUGCAGGCGGCACGAUAUUCCUGCUAAAAUUAUUAGUGGUGAUGCUAACGAAGAACAGAUCUUUAAUGCUGCUGCUUCGUGUAUGGACAAACCAAAACUACUUCAAAACAUUUUAAAUGAUCUUUACCACUUGUUAAGGUAUGACCAGUGUACACAAAUUGAUCAAGCUCUUGACAUAGUAUUGGAAGCUCUUACCAGAUAUGUAAAAGAGAAACUAAUUCAAAUUUCUGGGAGUGCAACACUAUUUUACAUUGUGAAAAAUAAAGAUCGGCCAUUACUAUUAAAUGAUAUAACAGUUAAACGACGAAUUAUUACAACACUAUUAACUGGAAUGGACUAUCACAACUACGAUGAAACAAUGAUGCGGAAUGGAUGUUUGACUUUAUGCCAAUUGAGAAUACCUCAAGAUGUGAUGUUUGAGUUUAAACGUUUAGUACAAAUGUUACUACACAUUGUAUCUACUAGUGACCAUGAAGGGUUUGUCCAGAGAAUUGGUAUUUAUUUAUUAAAUUCAGUUGCAUGUCAAGUGAACAAUAAGCAAAAAAAUGAACUUGGAGAUGCUGGUGCAAUUAAGAAAAUGAUGGCAAUAAUCAAAGAUAGACUUCAUCGAAGAGUUUGUGACGAUGUUCUUGAAGUUGCUUGGUCAACAAUGUGGAAUGUAACAGAUGAAGCACCAAAGAAUUGUAAAAGGUUUCUAGAUGGAAAUGGAAUGAAAUACUUCCUUGGAUGCUUGACUACUUUUCCGGAUAAAAAUGAGUUGAUGCGUAACAUGAUGGGCUUAUUAGGCAAUGUCGCUGAAGUGAGUGAGUUGCGAUCUAGACUUAUGCAAGGACAUUUUAUCAAAGUGUUUUCUGACCUUUUAUUUUCAACACAAGACGGAAUAGAGGUUAGUUAUAAUGCUGCAGGGGUAAUUGCACAUUUGGCAUCAGAUGGUCAUAGGUCAUGGAUUAUAAAAACACCAUCAAGAUAUAAAGUAUUAGAUCGUAUGACUAAGGCCAUACAAAAUUGGAACUUGGAUGCUGAUCGAAAUAUUAAUUAUCGUUCCUUUGAGCCAAUAUUACAGCUUGCACAAGUUCGGCAUACACCUCAGUGUGCUCAUUGGGCAGCAUGGGCUUUAGCAAACCUCACCAAAGUGUACCCUGAAAAAUACUGUUCGAUUGUGAUAGCUGAAGGUGGUUUGAGAAUCAUGAGUGAACUACUUGAAGAACAUAGUCUACUUCAAGAUAAUCAACCCCCCGGGGUUAUACAUAGUCUAGCUCAAACAGUCAUUAACCAAUGUCUGAUGUAUAUGAAGAACACUGUAGAAGAAUCAUCACAGUGAAAAAUGUAUGAGAAUAUUUUCUUUCUGCGUACCGCCCAGUACCUAUAAGUUCUACCAAAAUUGAAUGUUUAAUUUAUACACUCAAACCUUAAUAUUUUUGAGAGAUGUAAUUUUAACUGUAUUGUAUUAUUUCUCAUAAUAAAAUGUUUAGAGUAUACAAUUAAUUUAGUUGACAUUUCAAUAAUAAAAAAAAAAAAUAGAACCAAAAACUAACUAAAUUGGUAAAAUUUAAUUUUUUUUUUUUUAGUACUUAUGUUAUUAUUAUUAUUAUUUAGAAAUGGUAAUGAUAAUAUUAAUAUGUGUGAAUGAUAUUUAAGAUAGAUACUAUGUUGAAUGUUAAAUGUUUAAUGUAUAUAAUAUAUAUCUAUGUGUUAUAUUUAUAUACAUAUAUACUAUAUGGAUAUAUCAUAAUUAUUAUUUAAGACGCACUGUCCUUUAUAUAUUAUACAUCAUAUAGUCUAACCAAUCUUUGAAAAUUGUUUUUAUUAUUAUUAUUAUUAUUAUUAUUAUUAUUACUUUUGUGUAUUUAAUUAUUUUGUUUUUAUAUUAUUUAAAUGAUUGUGAUCACUACUAAAAUAUCAUAAAUUAUUUGCAUUUUAUAAUAAAAAGUUAACACGCUAUACCAUUGUAAUAUUUUCCAAAACGAAUUGAUUCUCAUUAAGUUAAUAAAAUUAAAGUGAAAACUAUUUUCAAUUUGUAUGUAGUGUAACAAAAAUUAUGAAUACGUUGGGUGCAUUAUCGUGUUUGUCAUUAUACGUUCCUGUCUUCACAUAUAUAUUAUAUAUUAUCUACACAUAUUCUACCUAAACCUAAAAAAUUAUAUAACUAUAUGACUGUUAGAAUUAAUUAUUUAACUUAAAAAAUAUUAAUUAGAAUAAAAGUUAUUGACUUAGGACAAACACGGUAUAGUACGAAAUAUUUACAUACUACACUUUUUUUAAUAAUAGUGUAAACUUAAUUGAAAUUAAUAGAAUGUUAAAAACACUAUAUUGUAGCAUUUUAUUUUUGAUCUAUUAUUAUUUUAAAUAUUUUAAUGUACGUUAAAUGUAUGUUAAAUGAUGAAUUAAAAGUAUCUUAUUAGAAAACAAAAAAAAAAUAUAUCUCAGAAUUCGUUUUGGAAUAUAAAAAAAUAUUAAUAGAUUAUGUUUUGCCAGAUCCUUUUGCAUUUAUAGUACAAACUUUAAAUAUAAUCCAUUUCUAUUCUUUUAAAUAAUGUUUUUAAAUGGUAGGGUUUCAGCUUGCUAAAAAUAUUCCAGUUUUCACAUUUUAGUUUUGUUAUAUAUAAUAUAUAUUAUUAUUUUAAUAUAAUUAUUAGUUAUUUACAUAUUCACAUAUGAAAUAGGUUUUGAAGGAUGUAUUCAUUAAGUAUACACAUUAUACAAAUUAUUAUUAUGUGCGGAAUUUUAAAAUAAGUGUAGCCUGGUCUCAGAUCAUACAAAUUCACAUCCUAUACCACUACUCUACAUAUUAGUUACUUUGGUAAUCAAUUUAUUUUGGCUCUUAUUAUAAAUAAAUCUAAAACUAUUGCUAAUAAAAUUUUUAACAAAAUUGUUACAUUCCAA